AUGUCGUUUUUCUGGCUCAGAGAUUCGGCAAAACCAGCUUCUAAAGAUCUUUGGAACAACCAGGUGAUCAAGUCUGGGACCACUCUCUAUGAUCAUGAAGUGGACAACAUGGAAUUCAUUGCCGAGCAUACCACGAUCCCCAUUUCGUGCGUCCACAGCGUUGAAAGAGACACAGAUGGAAAGCUAGUGAAAAUCUACAUGGACUACAUUCCCGGAAGACCUUUGAAUGAAGCUUGGACCACGAUGACUGAAACUCAGAAGAGAUCCGUGGCUGACGACCUCCACAACUAUGUUAACCAGCUGCGCACUUUGGUAGGCAACUACAUUGGAGCUGCACACCGUGGCCUGGCGGUUAUUGGACAACAUGUAUUCCACGAAGGCGGACCUUUCGACCAAGAAAGCCAAUUCAAUGAUUUCUUAUUGUCCAAGAUAAUCUCAAAAGUACCGGACACGUUCCGGUACCAUGCAACUCGCACUCUAAAAGAUAAUCAUGAGAUUGUCUUCACGCAUAGUGAUCUGGCCCCGAGAGAUAUUUUGGUGAGAGACGGUCGGGUCACGGGUAUUCUGGAUUGGGAGCACACCGGUUGGUAUCCGGAGUACUGGGAGUAUGAGAGGACGUACCGGCACUUUAAUGAUGUUCCUGGCUGGAUGGAUUAUGUUGAUAUGUUUCUCCCGCGUAAGUAUUCAGAGGAAAUUGUCGCCUUGUCAUAUUUGUCUCGAUAUAGUCAUUAA